AUGGAAAUGUUCAUUAAAAAGAGCAGGGAAAAGAAAAAACUGGAACGCCUGGAAAAUGAAGUUGACAUUUUGAAGAAGGAUAUUAAAAAAAUUAAAAAGAAGGUCCAUAAACUGGAAAAUAAACAAGCCCCGGAAAACCAAUCAGAUGCAGGCGAAUUACAGCUGAGUGGGUUAAAUUUGAAAAAGUACAAUUUAAAGAAUGCUGUGAAAGGAAUGUUCAAUGCACAACAAGCUCUCAAUUAUGCAUUAAGAGAACUUUUGUCAUUGGAGGAGAUCCGAAAUUCCUCAAUAUCUGGGGGAAAAAAUUGUGAAGUGUGGAGAAGAUGGACCCAGACCUCCUCUUGAUC